AUGAGGUCGGCUGAUGAUGCCACCCUGGAUGAGCUCCUGUACAGCACCUUCAGUGACCACAGCGGGGGCGGGGCCGAGCCUUUAGGCCAAUCAGACGGCUCCACCAGGGAUGACUCGUCUACACCCAGUCCGUCGGUGGCAGCAGCUCCUCCGGUGUGUGGCGGGUGUGGUGAGCGGGUCAGUGACAGGUUUGUGUUGUUGGCGGCUGGGCAGGCCUGGCACGGGGCGUGUUUACGCUGCAGUAGCUGCCACUGUGAGCUCCAGUCACACUCCUCCCUCUACUGCAGAGACGGGAACAUCUACUGCCAGCAGGACUACUGCAGUCUUUUUGGAGUUGGAAGAUGCGCCCGCUGUUCUCAACCAAUCCCCUCCUCUGCUUUGGUCAUGAGGUCUGGCGACAUGACCUUUCACCUACACUGCUUUUCCUGUCAGGAAUGUGACGUCACUCUGCUGCCAGGUAACCUGUACUGUGUUGAGGGGCGGAGCCUGUACUGUCAAUCACACUACCAACCAGACGGAACGACACUGUCCCUCCAUUCCAGCUCUCAGGGAGAAGCCGAGGAGCCGGUGAGCAGCCCUGAGCCCCGAUUGGAGGAGAGGGCCCGAGGGGGCGGGGCCUGUCGGCGGGUGAAGAGGAUGAGGACGUGUUUUAGGCGUGAGCAGCUGAGAGCACUGGAAGCGUACUUCUCUCAGAAACACAACCCAGACGGUAAAGACUGGAUCAACCUGUCCAACCACACCGGCCUGCCCAAGAGAGUCCUACAGGUGUGGUUUCAGAACGCCCGGGCGAAGCUCCGGCGCUCGCUGUCCUCCGACACCGCCGUCUCCACGUUCUCCUCCGGGGACGAAACCAUGGCGACCGUCUCCAUGGCGUCCUCUCAGGAUGCUCCACCGCACCAGACCAGCACCAUCGACCAGCUGGAGCUCUCCUUACUCACCGCCCCCAUCAGUGAAGCUUCCCCGCACCACGCCGUGAACCUCAGCAGCCCCACAGAACCAUACAAAGACCUGGCCUUUCUGGACUACACUACCCAGAAUUCCCACUUGCUCUCUGCUUUGGGAGACAUUGAUCUUGAAGCUGGAUUUAUUAUGCAGUAAUACUGAGACUGGCCUUUAUGCAAUCUGUCGGAAGUCA